AUGGGUUAUCAGGGGUUUGGUUUGGAUCAGAUAUCCCCGCCAGAACAGAAGCCGUUUGACCAGCUUUCACCAGAAGAACAAGGUGAAAGAGGUGCUCAAAUGUUAAUGAACUUCAUGACGUCUUGUCCUGGUAAAUCAGCGAUCAGUGCAGUAACAGGUUUUGCUUUAGGUGGUGUUUUCGGUUUAUUCAUGGCAUCCAUGGCAUAUGACACUCCUCUACACACACCGGUACCAACAGACGCCACAGGAUUACCAAACAAAGUGAAGGAUAUUACAGAUUUACCGUUGAGACAACAGGUGAAAAUACAGUUCGCUGAUAUGGGUAAGAGGGCGUAUUCAAGUGCCAAAAAUUUUGGUUACAUUGGUAUGAUUUAUUCUGGUGUUGAGUGUUGUGUUGAGUCCUUGAGAGCAAAGAAUGACAUUUAUAAUGGGGUAGCUGCAGGUUGUUUGACAGGAGGUGGAUUGGCUUAUAAGAGUGGUCCUCAAGCCGCAGUGGUGGGUUGUGCUGGUUUUGCAGCCUUCUCCACUGCUAUUGACCUAUAUAUGAGAAACGAAAACAAGAAACCUCCAAAGAAUGACUUCAAUGAGUAA